UGUUUGAUCGACAACUAAUAAAAACGCGCGAAGGUUGCGCACUCUGUUUUCGGCUUCGGAAUAAAUCAAAAUAAGCAUAACUUGUAGAGUGAAUUGCAAUCGUGAUUGCAUUUAUAAAAUAUUGUGCCUAACAUGCUCUGCGAAGAUCAACUAAUGUCUGUGGAUAACACACCAAUAAAAUGCUCUGGCAGUCCGAACUCAUCUGCCUCAUCGACAAUUUCGAUGGACACAAAGCCCCUGACACGAACCUGGGCACAAGAGGUGCGAGCAGAGCUGGGCCAUAGCGAUGAGACCUCCACUUCCCUGAAUAGCAGCUGUGCCAGCAAUCCAGAGCAGAAGUUCAUCACAGAUAUAAAGCAGGAGAUAAAAGUAGAGCGCAAGAUUAACUUUGAGUUCCUGGACGACGCGAAUGAAGUGAAAUUCGAUCGCCUAGUCAAGGAUGAGAAAAUUAAGACACCUAUCAAGCGUCGUCACUCGCAGACGCCACCCAGUCAUGAUGAGGAUAACAGCCGCUCGAAUAGCCCCAACAGCAGCUGCUCGAGUUCUAAUCAAGCCGAUGAACAGACAAAUGGCCCGGCAGACGCCCGCCCACGGCGUCAUCAUAAUCAUUUCAAGGCCCACAAAGAGGAGAAACGUUUGCGUCACAACAGCUACACCUCAUCCACCUCGUCGUCAUCCUCGUAUGUUGAAAGCGAUCCUGCUAUCUUGAGCCGGCGUCAGAAGCAGAUCGACUAUGGCAAAAAUACUGCCGCCUACGAGAGAUAUCUGGAAAUGGUACCAAGACCCCAACGGACACGCGAUCAUCCGCGCACUCCCAAUAAACAUGGCAAGUACAGCCGUCGAGCCUUCGAUGGGUUGGUUAAAAUCUGGCGCAAGAGUUUGCAUUACUAUGAUCCGCCAACUGCCACUGGAAAACGAGGUGAAGACAAUGAUAAUUCCGACUCGGACUCAGACUAGGAUUCUGAAUUCCGUGUUGUUUCUGGCAAUGAAAAGAGAGACAAAGGGGGUCUUUUUGGGGAGGGCAUUUAAAUAUAAAUUGCAUUGUACAAACAUAUAUUUAGCAAUCAUGCAAACGAAUAAGCGACUUAAAAUUUUCUACAUAUUGCAUAUCGAAUUGUUACCACUUGUGUUUUGUUGAAUAAAAUGGCGACGUCUUUAUCUUGAA